AUGUUCACUUUUGCGUACUCUUUACAUGUUUUAUUAAGACCAAAAAUUGAUAUUUUAAAUAAUUCAAAAGAAUCAAGCACAAAUAUGUUUACAAGUUUAGAUACAGCAUAUUUGGCUAUAUAUAUGAUGUUAACAGUUAAUAAGAUACAAAAUGAUAAAUGGGAUGAUGAUACUAUUGAAGCACCAUUUCUUUCGAAUUCGCUAUUAAAAAUGCUUGGUAAAGCUGAAUUAACGCCAAAACUUGUUGAAAAAGAGGUGUUUCAAAAAUUAGAGGAAAGUGAAAAUUUAAUUCAAGAGUUAAAAAAUAUUUUUGAAAUAAAGAUUGAAUAA